UCUGUAUCUUUUCCCUGGCAGGCAGGUGGAGGGGAACGCGCCACACCUCCACCCCGUCCCCAGUUGGGCACUAAUCCACUCAUGUUAACUUGUAGGCAGAGCAUCUGCCACUUUCAUCUUGAAAAAGAAAGCAUCAGAGGUUCAGAUCCCCGAACCUGUCAAUAGUGAGGUCCACCGCGGCAGAUUCGCUCUCAGUCGCUCUCAGGACAACCUUCUCCCUCCCAUCCCACACUGAGGGAAUUCACCCUCGGGGCCGCCCGGCCUCGCGCUCUCCCCCAGCCCGGCGGCGCGGGUGAAAAGGGACGCAAAUGCCCCCCGCAGACAGGCCCUGGGGUGCCCGCGGCUCUCAGGGUGCGCAGCGGGACCCGGCAAAGCCGGCUGUCCCUCCCCUGGGCUGCGCCUCGCAGAGUCCGGAGGACGAUGACCGGAAGGUCCGAAGGAGAGAAAAAAACCGAGUUGCUGCUCAGAGAAGUCGGAAGAAGCAGACCCAGAAGGCUGACAAACUCCACGAGGGUCACUUCAUAUUCCAAGAUGGCUGCUGGAGCUCCACUCAUCAGGUGCAGCUUCCAAGCCAACAGCAAGACAAAGGGGAAGAAAGAAAAAGGGUAUCUGUCUCUCACUUUUACAGAGACUUUCCAAAGACCCUUUUAAUUGUGUUUCUUUGAUCACAAUUUUAUCAUAUGGGCACAUCUCGUUGCAAGGAGGGUUGGGAGAUAUAAUCUUUUAGCUGGGUAUGUUGUUGAGGAUUUGGUUACUAAGGAAGAAGGGGAGGGUGGAUACAAGCAAUAUGCUGAGCAAAAGAAAAUCCAGGACACAAAAAGAGUAUAUACUAUAUGAUUCCACUUAGAUGCAACUGUAGAAAAGCCGAGUCUAACUUACAGUGACAGAAAACACAUCAUUGAUUGUGGUAUUGAUCCCAGGAUUGAAUAGGAUGGGCACAAGGAAACUUUUUGAGAUGAUGGAAAUGUUCUGUGACUCGAUUGUAGUGAUGGUUAUAAAGGUGUAUAAAUUGAUCAAAAUUCAUCUAAAUGUGCACUUAUAAAUUAUAUUUAUUAUACCGUAUAUAAAAUAUACCUCAACUUUAUUGUUGAUUUUUUGUAAGUAUGGAAAAUCCCAGCACUACAAUAAAACUGCUCUUAAAUUUUGUUUA